AUAUAAUGCUCUUUUUAAUGCUAAAUUUAAUCAGGUUUAUGGAAACAUUGAAUAUAAUAUGUAUAGUAAGGGAUAUUGAAAGAAUUUUAAUUGGAUGUUAAGUGUAGAAUAACAAAUAUAACCAACCAUGUCCUAAAUCUCUAAGAAGUAAAUUUUAUAUGUAUUGUUAGCUAAGGAAAGUACUAUAAUUAAGCAUUCAGAGGCAUUUAGUAUUGGAGAAUCAAGAACACUAGAUAAAAUAGAAAAUUUAGAAUUUUCAGUUCUUCGAUAUCCUUAAACUCAACUAUUUCAAACUCCAAAUGCUUAGAUGAUGCAAAGUUUUUCUAAUUUCCUAUUUAGUGACCAAUAAAAAUCGAUUGCUGAUCAAAGAAAUACUACAUUAAUUUUUGCCUCAAAGUAAUGCGUAUUAAGUUAUUCAUUUGAAAAGUGUAGCUAUUGAAGGAAUGAGAAUUAUUUGUGAGAUUGAUAUU